ACGACAACGGCGAAGAAACAGAGUGAAAGUGAUAUACGCUGUGGGCAUUGAAAGGUACCGGGAAAGUGUUCUACAAAGUAAGUAGCACCACGGUGCGGUUCGGUCAGUCCAGAGGAGCGCAAGCGCAUUAACAUCCUGGCUUGAAAGCUACACCUGAAGCGCAACAACCAACCAUGGCCGGACUCAUUCUUCGUCACCACGGAUGGUCCUCCGUGCGAAAGCUCCUACUUUGCCCUGCGCAACGGCGACGAGUCACACCGUGGCGGUCCCGUGGUGCAUUUCACACCACCGCCAUGCUGCAACGGCUUGUCUCGUUUCAGCUGUCCGACAUCGGAGAGGGUAUUCGGGAGGUAACGGUAAAGGAGUGGUACGUCAAGGUGGGCGACACGGUUGAGCAGUUCGACAAACUGUGCGAGGUGCAGAGCGACAAGGCGUCGGUAACGAUAACCAGUCGAUACGAUGGUAAAAUCUCAAAGUUACACCAUGACGUUGAUAGCAUCGCACUGGUCGGAAAACCGUUGCUCGAUUUCGAGGUAGAGAAGGAUGAUGAAUCUGACAGCAGCUCCGACGAUGAAGGUGUUGCCGCAUCGAAAGCAUCGAAAGCAUCGGCCACAGAUCAAUCAACAAGCAGUACGAGCAGCUCAAAUCCCAACCCUGCGAAACUGCUGGCAACGCCAGCCGUGCGCCGAAUCGCCAUGGAGAAUAAAGUCGAUUUAGCAAAGGUGCAGGCAUCCGGGCGCAACGGACGCGUACUGAAGGGUGAUCUACUUGAGUACCUGCAGCUCAUUCCAGAGGGAACCGUUAAACCACAUCCGACCCUAGUGCAGCCUUCCUCUCCGGUAGUAAGUCAAAUUAUCCCCAGGCCUACUGACGCGAAGGAGGCAGAAACGGUGGUACCAUUGAAUGGAGUGGGUCGAGCUAUGGCGAAAAUGAUGACCAAAGCGCUGCAAAUACCUCACUUCGCCUACUGUGACGAAGUGGAUCUGACCAGUCUGGUGGCGGUGCGGGAGCAGCUCAAGGGUGAGGCGGCCCGCAAUGGAACGAAGCUGACAUACAUGCCAUUCUUUCUGAAGGCUGCUUCAGUGGCGCUCCGCCAGUUUCCAAUCCUGAACAGUUCGUACGUUGAAUCGAGCGAAAGUAUUGUCUACAAAGCUUACCACAACAUCAGCGUGGCCAUGCAGACGCCGCAAGGGCUUGUAGUGCCGAACGUAAAGAAUGUUGAGCAAAAAUCGAUACUGCAGAUCGCAACCGAGCUUAACGCACUGCAGGAGCGAGGUGCUAAAGGGGCACUCACACCGAACGAUUUUGCUAACGGAACUUUUGCCUUAUCCAACAUCGGAAUCAUCGGUGGCACCUACACACAUCCGGUUGUCAUCACGCCUCAGGUUGCGAUUGGUGGACUUGGCAAAACACGGGUUCUGCCGCGAUUUGAUGCGGCCGGUAACGUGACACCGGCUCACAUCAUGGUGGUCAGUUGGACAGCGGAUCAUCGCAUUAUCGACGGUGUUACCAUGGCUAGCUUUUCGAAUCUCUGGAAGCAAUACCUGGAGAACCCUAGUCUGCUACUGCUUGGCUCUAAGUAACUGUGGUGUGCAGCUCUACAACGGUAAACCAUUCAACUGCAUUCCACCACCAACGUUCCAAUAUUGCAUUUACUAGUUUGUAAGGCCACUUGACAAUAAAUGUAGCCCAAACUCAUAUUUAAACGCAGGAAAGCAUGGUAUGAAGAGCUUGAGUAGCAUGUCGAACAUCGCCAUAUGUGCAAUACACUUGCAUUGCCCUUUUAAAGGAAAAUCGAGUUCAUACAAAUUGUGCCAGAAUUGUGAAUUGAUGAUUGAAAAAUAAAUGUCAAUACAAUUGACAAAGACGCUUGUCGUUUGUU